AUGAGUCUGCGUACGCUAUCGUCCCGCCCUCGAGCCUGCGAUCGGUGCUGGCUCUUGAAGACGCAGUGCGAUUCCCAAAGUCCAUGCGCUCGCUGCCAGCGCCUGGAGCUUCCCUGUGUCACCGAGCGUCCUCUACAGGCAAAGGGACGGCCGAAAAAGUCCGCGUCAAUCAGACGGGCAUUCAUUCAAUCGCCCGCAGAGCCAACAGGGCCUGGAUCUGGUGGACAGGAGGUCAUUGCCUCUCCAUCCACAGCUGGUGUUUCACCAGCAGCAGCAACAGGCCCCUCUCAAGAUUUAUCGGAGCUAUCGUUAGAUACCGACCUUGUAGACGGUCUUCUACAUCAAAUUGCUUCCUCGUCUAGGAAGCUUGGGAUCUUCGGGGCACUGCCAGCCAGUAUCCAUCCUGCAGGAGAGAACCAUGCCAAUGGAUCACUACGUCAGGUCUGGAAUCCAGACCAGUGGUACGUGCUACUUGCACUUUCGCUAGAGAUAUACCAUCCUCGUGUCCCAGAUACAGUCCCUGGGCCGCGCAAGUUGAGCCAGGAUCUGCUCCGGAGAAGUGUACUCGCCUUGACCCAGGAUCUUUCCUGGAAGGCUCCUGAACCUGGGAUUGAAAACGUUCUCCUCCUGCUGCUGUCUAGCUACACAUGGUGUUUGAGUGUUGAGUUUGUCGAGAUUGCUGCCCGGUGGCAAUCAUUAUCUUGUGUGAUAUACCAUGACAUAGCGAAGCUUCCUGUCCCGAAUGACGAUUGUGGCGAGUUGAAGAAUCGCACGGAAAUGGCGCUUUAUAUUCAAGACGCAACCAUGUCGCUUCUCCACUAUCCCAGGAAGCCCAGCUGUGAUCUACAGAAGCAGGUGAAGUCACAGAUCGCUGACGGUGUAUGGCAUGCUCGUCGCCGCCCCCUUCCUGCCCAGACAGAGCAUCAGCCUGUCGAGGAUAGUUCGUACUUUGCUUUGAUGCAUCCACUGGCCAACUGCAUGCGAGCGAUAAUCGAAGCUCCAUCAGUUGGUAGUAGAGCAUGGCUGAUGGCGAAAAAUGAGCUAUCCGAUUACUUCUUCGGCUUUCCUUCCACGCUGUUGCGAUUUGAUGACUUAAGCUACGUCUACGAAGCUGAAGCAAUGAUCUGGAUGCAUGGACUGUUUAUCAUGUUACACGGAACGCGGGACUUGGUUAACCUAACGAUGAACCCCAUGUACCUCGAAGCGGACCGAUUCAUCCAUCUGCUCGAGCAUUCGAUCCUCCUGGGAGAUGUUCUACCAACCGUCUUAUCCCUGGAUCCAUCCUUGGAUUGUCUGUCCCCCGCAACAGUUUUUUUCAUCCUCCACUCGGCUACAGUUCAUGCCAUGGCCUUGCGCCAGUUCAUCCCAAAUCACUGUAGCCGGGCCUCACUGGGCACCGGUGUACCAGUAAAGCUCGCCCGGUCGAGCGACCACCAUUGCAACUUGUUGUCUGCCGUGCAGCUCCACUGCAAGCGUUACGAUGUACCAAUCAUUGGAGAAGUACAUUCGCUUCUCUCAUAUUAUCGUUCGCAAGCUGCGUUUCGCACCUCAGCUGUUAGUGCUAUCCGCCCGCGUACUUUGAUGCACUACCGGUGGUGCCAAGGGGGUGCUGGGAUCGUACCACUGCGCAUUGAGGAUGCCGAGGCUAUAUGGAACUACACUUUCAGUCCCGAUGAGGAUCUUUGGCAGACCGAGUCGGCGAACAGGAGUGUUCUUCAAGCACUAAUUGCCGACCUAUGUGCGCCCGAGGCAAGGAUCUGCCGCAAUGGAUAUUUUGACCUGAGCAUUCUCAUAGAAUGACGAAGCGGUCUGUCACACACAACGAGACACUCAUUGAUACUAGAACAGAGGAACAGAGAGAUCUUUCUCUGCGGCUAGAAUCUGCAGACUGAGGGCUGCCGGAGGUUCCAUCGAAUCCACCAAGGACGUAGAAUCUGCAAACCGUUGCCAUAGCUCCACUAAUAGUUCGAGAACCUGAUUGAAAUGUG